AUGUCAACCAAUCCUGCUAUCUCCACUACGAAACUUAUCUUGAUGCAUGCUUCUCUCGCAUAUCUAACCGAUGAAAUACGAACUAUAGACGACAUCAUACACUACCCAUCCUCCACUGGAAAACCUUGCCUGCCGAACGAGAUAUUAUUAAUGAUCAGGGGCUGGUUGUUUCCCUCCAUGACUGCACAAUUCAUGAGACAAUCGGUCUCAGCCCUGGAAGCAUACGAGUACUCUCUAUGCGAAAUGCUUUGCUCUGACUGCCUUGCAUAUAAUGUCGACAUAUACGGUCCCGAUAUUUGGAAUUGGGAACAAUUCUCGUGCGCGUGUACGCCGGCGGGUAACGAGGAUCCCCAUGGGCAUCGGAGAGCGAGGAUCAACGGAACCUACAAACAAGAGCGACAUGACUGCGAACAAACCAUUAACUGGAAGACCAUACCUGAUUCCAUCCUCCUCGAUGAAAAGCAUUUUGCCGACCCCGAGGACUGGCUAGAAUCCUACUUGUCUAAAGAGGCGGGCAGGAUGAUUUCACGCAUCGGGCGACGUGGAAGACAACAUUUAUUGCCAGGGUUUUCCGAAUACUGUAGACGGUCGCCAUCAGUCAACAUUUGGGAAGUUGUAGGAUUCGUGCUUCGAGAGCUUGACUGCGAAGCUCUCGUCGGUGCAGAUAGGGGACAUUUCCACGCUGAACGGGAUAUAGUGCAAGUCAUCCCUUUGAAACACCAUACGAGUCCGGAAAUGGACUGCCUCAGUAUCGAGUCGGAACCAUCCAUUACGCAAGAAGACCUGGAUUGGCGCGCACAGGCUGCAUUACACCUUGCAGGGCGUGAUAUGGGAUUGUCAUUAAAGUAUCCAGAAACGGCUGGCUUCGAGGCCACAGGUACUCGCCGUCCCUUCGUUAACCCCAAAUUCACCCGUCGAUUAUGCUGGCCGACUGUAUCCCAUUCGAAGUACCCAGGAAGCAGCAAAGAUAUGAUGGAUGCGUUGGGAAUGCUUCGCACUCUCACCAGUUUAGCCGGUGCCUGUCUAACGCUGCCCAUCACCUGUGCCACACUUGUGCUUACCAUCCUCUGCUUUUACUCUAAACGCCCUCUUCGAAUUUUUUGA